AUGCUUGUGCAAUGCAGGAGCUACCGCCUGCUCGACAGCGGCGGCGCGUCCCGGCUCGAAUCGUUCGGCGACCUGGUUGUGCGGCGGCCCUGUCCGUCGGCGCUGUGGCAGCCAGGCCUGCCGGCGAGCCGCUGGGACAGCGCCGAUCUCGUCCUCCAGCCCGAGGCCGAUGGCGCAUGGGAAGGUGCCCGCGCCAACCAACUCGGUGAGCAGUGGUACAUGGCGUCGGAGGCUGGCUUCUCGCUCGGGCUAUGGCCGGGUCAGAAUGGACAAGUUGGGGCCUUUCCGGAGCAGGGAACGAAUUGGCGCUGGCUCCGCUCCGCCUGCGAGGCCUCGCCGCGACGCAUCCGCGUGCUCAAUCUGUUUGGCUACACGGGCGGAUCCUCGCUGGCGUGCCUCGCCUCGCGGAACGCGGACGUCACCCACCUCGACGGCGCCCGCGCCGCCGUCUCUCGCGCGCGCUCCAACGCCGAGCUGUCGGGCCUUUCUGGCGAGCCUGUCGAUGACGCCCUCACGUACGUCCGGCGCGCCGCGCGGCGAGGUGAGCGGUACGACGGGAUCGUCCUCGACCCUCCGGCAUUUGGGCGCGGCCUCCUCGCCGAGGUCCUCUCCGACGAUCCGAGCUUCGUGCUCCUCUCGGCGCACGACCCGAGGCGCGCGAGCCCCGCGUGCCGGUGGCCCGUCGCCGCGCUCGACGGGCAGCUCCGCGAGAUCACGCGUGGCGCGUCAGCGGUGCGGGGCCGCUGCGAGCGGGGCGAGAUGCUCCUCCGCGCACGCGGAGGGGGGCGCGAUUUGCACAUGGGGGUUUACAGCCGAUGGGCCGCCGGCACCGUAUGA